AUCACAUUUCCACAACAGCUGUGUGCACGCAACAAGUGACUGCCAAAUUAGUGUUGUAAAGUGUGGUAUUGAUUUAAAAAUAUGGAGCCUGUUGAACAUCACAAACGCUUUGAGUACUGCACAACGAGAUUGCAAUACAGACAGGGACGUGAAUUAAAGGCAGUUAAAGUCUACUCCGUUGCUACUGAGUCCAAGCACUUGAUGGUUUUCGGCGUACCCAAGGUUAAUCUACAUGCGAACAUUAAGACUAAAUUACAGGGCUUUGGGAAAUUACUGUCCUGCAUUUGUGUGACAUCGGAAAUGGCUAAGAAGAUGGAUCUUGAAGCCUUCACCGAUGUCUUUGCUGUACAUUUCGAGAGAGUGGAGCAGGCUCGUCGAGCUAAGAGGCAACUAGAUGCCAAGCAAUUCUUUGGUGGCAUUUUGCACAUAUCUUAUGCGCCUGAAAUAGAAACACCCCAAGAGCUAAGGGAGAAAUUUGUGCAACGUCGCAAAGAGAUUGGUCAUCGCAUACAGCGGAAUCUGGCAGAGCAACCACUUAAGCCUAAGCAGACGAAGGAGAACGAAGUGGGAAUACCACAUUAAUGUACGUAACAUUUCGAUGAAUGGAAUCGAUAAUAAUCAACUGUUUC